AGUUCAUAGACUUGGAGGGGAUGAGUCUGACAGAUACUUUGUGCCGAUUAACUUGCUGCUAAGUGUCGCUCAAUUUCUGGAAACUUGCGUUUGUUUAUGUUUUUAUGUUGUUUAGUUUGAUUUGCUUGGAUUAGUAAAUAACUUUGAGUAGUUUAACAUGGCUAAACUAUUGCACCAUGUGGACACUCCCUUCGAACAGGCCACUUUCGGAAUGGGUUGCUACUGGGGCUGUGAUUCCCUGUUUGGAGCUACCAAAGGCGUUUUGAGGACCAGAGUCGGUUAUGCCGGUGGAACCACUGAGUCCCCGAGGAGCAAACAUGUAGGGGAUCAUGUUGAAGUGAUCGAGAUCCAUUUCGAUCCCGAGCAGAUCUCCUAUAAGGAGCUAUUGGAGAUGUUUUGGAACAAUCAUGAAUAUCGGGCUUCGGCUCGUUUGAAACGAGAGUACAUGAGUAUGAUUAUGUAUCACAAUGAGGAACAGCGGCAGCAGGCUGAAGCUAGUAAGAUCGAACAGCAAGCCAAGGAAGGAGACGAAGUAGUUGUAACGGAGAUCGUACCAGUAAGCCAUCUGUACCCAGCGGCGGACCACAAUCAAAAAUACCGAUUACAAGGCCACGUGGACUUAGCCAAGGGACUGGAUUUGACUCCGGAGUUGCUGCAAACUUCCCAUGUGGCUGCUCGACUGAACGGAUACUUGGUAGGAGUCGGUGGAUUGGAUCAGUUCGAAGCGGAAGUGGGAACGCUGGGAUUGACCGAGGAACAGGCGCAAUAUGUGCGUAAUUACCUCAUCCAAAACGAAGGAGGGGCUUUAUCAUGUUGAUUUGAUGGAAUGGAAUACACAAUCUACGAUUUUUCUGGUUAGAA